AUGCUCAACAUUACAGCCUUAUUGUCCACCCUGAUCACGGCAAACCAUAUCUUGUCAUACCACAAUGUGCUUGAUUCGUUUGGUCAUGUCAGUGUCCGUAACCCCAAGACAAACACGGCCUUUUUCAUCGCAUUACAGCUCGGCCCGGCGGUAGUCUCUGGUCCCUCAGACAUUGGCGAGUAUCUGAUCUCAGAUGGCUCGCCAGUAAACGGCACUUCAGGUGGCUACGCGGAGCGCUAUAUCCAUAGCGAGAUUCUCAAAAGAUAUCCGGAUGUGAAUGCCGUUGUACACAGCCACGCAGAGGACGUCCUUCCCUUCACCGUCAUCGACACACCACUUGAGCCAGUCUACCACAUGGCAGGUUUCCUUGGCGCCUCGGUUCCUAUAUUCGACAUCGAGAGCGCGUACCAAGAAACCGAUCCACGAGACUUACUCGUCAACAGCCCCAGAUUAGGUGCGGCACUCGCACAAACUUUUGGCGUCAACGAAACCCAACCCACCAGUCCAUCACACACUACGGUUCUGCAGCGCGGUCAUGGUUUCGUCACUGUAGGAACGAGCAUCGAGCAGGUCACGGAUUUCGCCUACUAUGCUGCCAGUAAUGCUCGCGUUCAAGCAAAGGCACUUUUAUUGGCAAAUGCUGCGCAGGGUGCCGGUGGUGUACAUUACUUGAGCGGGCAGGAAAGAAAGGCUACGGCUGAAAUGAAUUCGUGGAUUGUUUUCAAGCCGUGGAAGCAGUGGGUGCGCGAGGUGGAGAGAAGCGGGAGAUUUGUAAAUGAGUUGGGGACGCCACCUACGGGUGAAGCGUAA